GAACGGCGAUGACGGAACCGCUGCUGCGCUCGGCACUGCGCAUGCGCGGGGCUCGGGCCGUUGCCACGGACCUACGAGGGAGAGGGCGCGAAUCGCUGUGGCCGCUGCCGCUGCUGCUCCGCUCGGGUGCCGGAGACUACGACGGAGACGCGGGGUGGACCCGCGGCUCACAGCGGCGGAGAAAGAAGAAUUCCCCGCCCGCCUGCCCGCCCGCCCGCCCGCAGCAAGGCAGAAAGACGACAACGACGGUUGGGGAGAAACCCUGUUCAUAAUCCCAUUCAAGUUGAAACUGGAACCUUCCCAUCGAGGAAUACUGAUUCCUGUGGAAGGCAUCCACAGGAGUCACUACAUUUGGACACCUUUCCGGUGUAUUGCAAGCUAAUGUUUUGGGCACUUUAUAUAUUGCAUAUGCUGAAGACUUGGUUUUGAGCACGAGAUAGGUAUGCCAGGACAGCAUGUCUGAAGUGCAAGCAUCUGUGGAGUUCUGUGUGGAGCUGCACAAGUUCUACAAUGUGGACCUGUUCCAGCGAGGACUUUAUCAAAUUAGAGUGUCUUUGAAACUGCCGCCAAGGAUUCCACACAAGGUAGAUGCGAUUCUUAUUCAGUCUGAAGGUAAUGAACUCAUCUUUCCUGCCUCGGUGCAUGAUAACUUGGUCUGCAGCAAGACAUUUUUAAUCCUCUAUAAAAAUGAAGAAGUCGUCCUCAAUGAAGUCAUUCUCCUUAAAGCCCUGCUCCUCGUGGACAGCAAAAAGGUCCAAGAAUCUUUGAAUGAUGUGUGUUUCCAGAUUGUGGUCGAUCUUCAUUUCACGGAUGGAGACUUUGCGCAAGAUGACCUGUCAGCCAUGCAGCUAAUCAGCAGCCGCACACUCAAGAUGAACUUCUCCCCGCCACAAGGGCUGCACCACCACCUGCCGCUCAUGUUCGACUAUUUCCACUUGUCGGUGGUGUCGAUGAGCGUGCAUGCAUCGCUCGUUGCGCUGCAUCAGCCGCUGACAUGCUUCCAACGUCCACCCAAAAGCACGUGGCUGAACAAAAGCAGCCAGCCAACAAAUCGAGAAGUCACAAACCCAUCAUUGGAGAUGAUUCUCUUUGGCCCCGGCUAUGUGAAGCAGCUUGCAGCUGACGGUUGUUCUUUCCUGGUGUCAGAGACUGCACUGCAACAUGCCUACAAUUGGCACCGCACAAUGUGCAGGACCAUCCUGUCCGCUUACAAAAACCUGUUCAACUACUAUGCCUGCAUCAUGAAAGUCAUACCUGAGACCCAAAGGGCACAGUUAGCGCUCAACAACAUGCGGGCUCUCUAUGAACGCUUGCUUCGGAGAAAAUGUCCUCAUCCCCAGGCGGACAUCACCAUAGAUGACCUUGAUAUCAGGGCACGAAUGGCGCAGCUCACAUCAGAGAUACAGAAGGUGCGGAGCCCUGAUGAGCUCGUCGAGGUAAUCAACAUGGAUCUUGCACACCUGUGCUCACUGCUCAUGUCCCUGUGGGGCCAGUUUCUCGAAACUGUCAACCUGCAGCCCGAGGUCACCUCUGGUCUUGCUCUGGAGCACCAUUGCAUGAGGGUAAGGAGAUUCUCAGAAGCAUUCUUUUAUCAAGAUCACAAUAAGCAAGCAGCACUGGCAUUUCAGGAAACACACGCUCAGAACCAUGCAGUGAUUGCUUCCAUAGUGAAGGCCUCGCCCUACCUCACCAACUUGCCGCCCCUGCCCGUGGAGUGCGUGGAAACGGAUGGGGAUCCCAGCACGCUGCCCAUCAUAUUUGAAGACCGCUACACUGAUAGAGACUGCACGGAUGGCACUCCGGCCAGGCCCGCAUCUCGGCACUCGGAGCACUUGAACAUAUGCGGGGAGAACAUCGGUGGGAUUCCAGCGUCGGACACAAGCUCACCCGAGGAGGGAAGCAGUGCCUCGUUCCUUCCCUUUAGCCUGACAGAGUUGAACAUCGAACAGGGCAGUAGUGCGAGCCCAAAACAAGUGAGCGAGAUUAAGGAAGAUGUUCGGGAUGGGUUUGCCAGGGAAUGCAUUCAGAGUCCUUGCAAUCCUGAAGCUAAUUGGGAUGGGUUUCUAAUCGCUUCAAAGCCACCCAGGGAUUUCUUAGCAGAUGGACUGCAAAUACCAGCUAAUUGUGAUACUAAACAAGAGCAUGGCACCACCUUAAAAGAUCAUGAGCUGUGUGUAGGAGGCAGCUUGAAAAGUGAAAAAGCUACUUUGAUUGAAACUCUCUCCCUGCCAUUAGUCAGAGACAGGAGGGACGAUGGGGAGCAUUCUGUUGAUUCAGAGCCCCUACAAAGGCCCACCUCUGGUGUGAGGCACAUUGAUGUCAAACCUAGCGACAUAGACCCUUAUCGUGGCACAAAAGCCAUAAUAGUUCAAAGUGCAAAGCCAGCCGAUGAGCAGAAUGCGUGCUGCAUGACAGAUGUCUGGAACAUUGCAGAUGAAAAUCCGAGAACAGAAGCUAUAUUGGUAGUUGAAAGAGGUAUGUCACCACUACAAGAAAGAACAUUUAAAAAUAACCUUGAGUCUGAAAAUGGGCAACAAUUAUCUGUGUCGAACACACCCAUUAAGGCUGGAAGAGCUGCGGCAAACGGAAAGGCUCAGGGACUGAAGCCCACUGACCCACACAUUAGAACACUUUCAGCUUUUUCUGAUUCUGGACUUGACAGUGAAUGUAGCUCAGUAUUGCUGUCCAACAACAAUGACUUAGACAGAGUUUGCAGUGGUAAUCCUGCUCAGCAAAACACCUUUGACAAUUUACAUGGUCAGUCAAAUGCAGAUGUUAAAUAUGGGCAUGUUGAUGACAAUCAAAUGGUAGAAAAAUCUAAACACCUACAUUCAUCUCUAUCUUCCAUCAACUCAAUUGCUUCAGAUGAUGAUACUAAUGUUGAAAUCAUUGAUCUUGCACUCUGCGGACCUAACAAUCAUAACAGUAAUACACACUGUCUAGACUUAGCUGCAGUAGAAUCCGAUGUUGAAAAGAGCACAGAAAUGGAAAACCGGGGGAAUGAAAUUGUCAUAAAACCACAUGAUAAUAACCAAAUCCAGACUCUCGAAGCCAACUGUCAACACCCCUCUGUGAUGGAUGGGAAAUCUGUGAUGGAUGGGAAAUCUGAUGUAGAUGAAGAUUUAUAUGAUGAAGAAAUUGACACUGUUCAUUUGCAGGGAAAUAGAAACAAACUUUCAGGCUCUCAAGAGUGUUCCUUACCUCCCAGUCAUUCAAAAAAACUGUGUUUUCCCUUGCACAUAAGUGAAGGUAGCGAUGACGAAACUGACUUGCUCACUUGCCCGGAACCCCUCACCACAACAGAUGCACACAGCGAUGUGGAGGUGUUCAGUGAGGAGGAUAUUGUCGAUUUGACCUCUUGUGUUGUUGAAGAAGACACACUUCCAAGUAUUCUUCCACACCAUGCCCUGGUAGAUGCAGAAGCCCGACCAACACUAGACCUCAUAAGUAAUGAAACUGCUGUUAUUUCAAAACCAAGUCCAGAGGUGGAAAGCGAUGAUGCCACGUCCCUUAAAGUAUGUGAUGAAGUGGAAACAGGGCUGGUGGAGAACUACUUCUCGUUACCAAAACACAGCAAUCUGAUGAAUACAGGAGAGGAUAGCAGCAAAGAAGACAUUAAUGCUGCUCAAGAUACAGCCCACACGUUGUUGCCUGUGCACAUAUCAAAGAGUCGAAAGCUCAUUCCAGAAGGCAUAGAGAAUGGAUUUUUCAAGGAAGCCGAUGUCAUUGGCAAAGGUGACAGGGAUACAGGGGAGGACAAACUGAACCAGCAUCGGGCUGACAGUGAUGGCUCACUAUUUCCACACCUAGAGAAUGAGCCGACAAAGUCUCACAUACCAGCAUGCUCGGAGAAGAUGAAAGCGAUGGAUGUUGUUGAUUUGUCAUGUACGACAACCUGCCUCCCGUUUUCCUCUUCCCGGGACUCCCCGAUUGGAGGUGUGCAGUCGCCACCGAUUAGCCGGAAUUCUGGUGGUGGCUCUGCAUCAGCCUUGCAGCACACACCCUGCUACGACAAUUUCCCCAGCAACCACCAGCUGUUAAGCUUUUUUCAUGCCAAACAGGAGCUGAAGAAAACAAUGAAUUUCACUGGCCGCUGGUACAGUGAUCUUCCGGAGCUGGCCUCCUCUGUGCCCUACUUCUCGCCAGAUGAGCUGGAGAGCCCGGGAGGUGGCAUCCACCUCAUCGUGUGCGUGCAUGGCCUCGACGGCAACUAUGCGGACCUCCGCUUGGUGAAGACCUAUAUUGAACAAGGACUUCCUGGGGAAAAGAUGGAGUUUCUCAUGUCGGAGAGUAACCAGGGAGAUACAUUUGCAGAUUUUGAAACCAUGACCGAUCACCUUCUGGAUGAAAUUGUGCAGCACAUUCAAAUCUACAACCUUGUCGUCUCCAAAAUCAGCUUUGUUGGUCACUCCCUGGGAAACAUCAUCAUCCGCUCGGUGCUGGCAAGACCACGGUUCAAGUACUACCUGCCAAAGCUGCACACCUUCCUGUCUCUAUCCGGACCCCACCUGGGCACCCUGUACAACAGUAGCACCCUCGUCAAUACUGGCCUCUGGUUUAUGCAGAAGUGGAAAAAGUCUGGCUCUCUGCUGCAGCUGACUUGCCGUGACCACUCAGACCCACGGCAAACCUUCCUCUAUAGACUCAGCCAGAAGACAGGACUUCAGCACUUUAAGUACGUGGUGCUCGUGGGCUCAAUGCAAGACCGUUACGUUCCCUUCCACUCGGCGCGCAUUGAAGUCUGCAAAACGGCCACAAAGGAUAAACAGUCAGGUCCUGUGUACAUGGAGAUGAUCUUCAACCUGCUGAAGCCCAUGCUGGAGAAUAAGGAGUGCAGCCUUGUGCGCUACAACGCCAUCCACGCUCUCCCCAGCACGGCCAACUCCAUCAUCGGACGUGCCGCUCACAUCGCCGUGCUCGACUCGGAGAUAUUUCUGGAGAAGUUUUUCCUCGUCGCAGGCCUGAAGUAUUUCCGAUAGGUUGGUGUGGCAGCCAGAAGCCUGGAAGUUUGAGAGAGGCGAUGAUGAUGAUGAUGAUGUAAUCGGGGAAAAAAAAACUGGUGAUGUUGCAUAAAGUGGUGGUGCGAUUAUGCUGAGAAUUGAAUCUCUGUUCUGCACUGUGGAUAUUGAUGUUGUAUUUUUUUACAUUUUGCAUUGAUUCACAUUUGGAACUAUCCUGUUAUGGCCAUGGCUAAGGGUAAAACACCUGGGUCUGUUCUUUAUUAUCGGUAUUUGAGUGUAUACAUUUUUAUUGUUGCAUUACUUUUUAAUUAGAACAUAAUCUGCCCCACAUUAGUAGGUGUCUUAAAGGAAAAUAAAAAAAAUUAAAUGAAGCCCUCUACUAAUUAAUUAUAUACAAGCAGCAUCUUGGAUGUUCCUAAAAUACAGCUUCCUUUGGAUUUCUGGUUUCCAAUUUAUAAUACCACAAUAUUUUUUUCUAUCCCCUAUUUUUAAUCGAAUUAACAAUGCUAGAAUACAAAUACAAAUACAGAUUUAUAUAAGAGCAAUAUUGCUUACAACACUGCAUUUAGUAAUGUAAUUUUUAUCAUUUGAUAUUUUUGUUGGAUUUUUUUUUAAUCACAUUACAUAAUGCACGUCGGUGUCCUGAAUUUGGGCUGAUCUCACAGCAUUUUUGCCUGUGACAUAAGUACAUGAGUUUGCUAAUAUAUAUAUAAUCACUUAGAACCAGCACAAGUGUCACAAAGCAGAGGCCCCAGUAGAAUAUCACAUGUUACAUUCAUGCGACUGUUCAAAAUCCCCUUUUAACAUUUUUACCAGCCCCGUCUAUUUGCAAAUGAAUUGGCAACGCUAACUGUAAGCUUUGAGUGCACUUAUUAAUUAGUCUGAAACACAUUCAGUGAGAUAAGUAUACUUAUCAAACCUUGCGGGUGACAUGCGGUUCAAUCAAGUCUUCUGCUCAUCGUUCUCAUACAUAUAUAUGUACAUAUGCAUUCAUGUAUAUAUAUGCAUGUACAUAAUGUGUGUGUAUAUACAAUUACAGCACGAUUUAUUUUGUACGGAAAUAUUUUGAACUGUAUCUAAGAUGUAUUGCUUUGCAUUCUUUACACCAAAUGUAAUUUCCAAAUGCUGUGGGAUAUUUGUAAUUCAAGAUGUAUAAGAGGCUCAAUUUGCUGCAUUCAAAGGUGAUAUUUUUAUGGAACAUGGGUGCAUUUUAUCUAGCUUUAUUGUAGGGGCAUUAUCUGGUUACUUUUCGUUGCUCUCAUCAUCACCGCAACAUCAGUUGUCUCAUGUUUAGCUUGUUUUUGCUGCGGAUUUUGUUAUAGAGUGAACUGUUGAUGAAUGCAAUUCAAAUUGAUGCCAACACAUUGUUUAACUCAAGUUGUACACGGGCAUGUCCUUAAGGACAUUGGCUGCACAUGUAUGAAAUCAAUCAUAAUUGCAUUCCUGGCUAUCUCUGCCUGUAAAGCACAAUUUAUCAGCAUGAGGUUUGGUUUUUACUGGAAAUUAAAUGAACACAAAAAACAAUGGACACUUGAUAGCAACUGAAUAAUAUGUAAGAACUUGGUAUAGUGUUUAAAUACAAUUUUACACAUCUGAUUUUACUUUGUAAAUAACCAUUUUUAUCUUUAAAAUGGGGAAAGUGUGAUUUUAAUAAAUGUCUUUUUGUAAUAGUCUGUAUUUCCCUUUUUGUAUAUUCAAAUCUCCAAUGUUCUGUAGUAUUUAGUAUGCAGUAGGUUAGAAACAUUUUAACUAACUCUUCUUGGCAGGUAAAUAUACUGUGGGUGUCUUUUGUCCGAGGCAACAAUAUUGAAAAUAAAUAUAUAUUCUAAUGUUUGUACUUUUAUAGAAAUGUUUUAAAAUUGCAAGGAUUUGGAUGGUAUGUUUAUAAAUAUCUUAUAACGUUUGAGUAAGUGGAAAUACAAUUUGCAUUUAAAAGUGUAAUGACAAAUCGCAAAGGACAAUGCAGAAGAUGAAUAGGCUGGCUCUCGUGAUUCUAGCUGGCAUGAUAAUAGUCCUAAGCUAGCUUGUCCACGUACACUUUUGCUGGAUAUUCAUCCCAUAAAUGCAUCUGGCACAUGAAACACGAUGAGGCUGAUUGGGUUUUCUCCAUAUUUUGUGCAUACACCAGCUUUUCUGCUUUGAAGUCCGAAAUUUUGCAAAAGGUAACGAUAAUAUUGGGCAGCUUAGAGUUUGACAUGCCUUUACAAAAUUGGGAAGUUAUGGUAAAGACAAUACUCCACAUUAAAUAUUUGUAUUGGGUAUCUUAAAUGCUGAGAGGACUCUGUGUGACAAUGUGAACCUGUGGAUUUUAAAAGGUCUCAGGAACCCAGAAAUGUCUGAGGAUUCUAUUGAUUGCAACCCCUUCACGAUUAUGUUCAAGUGCAGCUGCCACUGGUUUCUACGAAAUAAGGUAAUUUCAGACAUUUCUACUCCUGGCAUUUUUGAACAAUUAUCACAUUGUUUUAUUACUAUGGUUUGUUAAUGCAAGACGAGUUGAAUAAGUACCAACAUAAACAAAAUCAACGGGUUUUCUCCCCUCUUGUUUAAAUUUAGCUUGCAUGUGUAAGCCAGGAAAUGAUUGACAGUUGAGGUGUGAUUGGAAAACUGAACUUAAGCGCGCGGAUUGCACUCAUGAUUUUACAAGCUGGUGCUGAAAAAACUGGUAUGUUGAGGUUGAAGACUUCUUUUCAUUGUUUUUUUUCCAGAACAUGGUAGAACAAACGUGUGUUGAAUUCUGCAUUUUUUAUGAGGCAGCCUCGCAUAAAUCCUCCACUGGCGUAUAUUUAUGCGUACGAUUAAUGUGUGGAGAAAUUGUCAUGUAUACUGUUAACAGUUUACAAAUAAUUCAGCCAUGGCUAAAGAUACGUUUGUAAUAAAAUCACAUUUAAAUUCUGAAGCACAUUUUAAUGAAUUAAAAACAUGCUUCCAUU